AAAACCUCGACAAGUAUAACAGACCUAGACAUGGACUCAUUGGUUCAGUGUGCAAGUUAUUUGGAUCUCCAUGACCUAUCCAACAUGGCCAUGUCUAGUAAAUACCUUCAAAGAGCUGCAUAUUCUGACUCUAUCUGGCAAUCCUUUUUCAGACAGCAGUGGUCUCCAGUAGUACCUUCUGGCUUUCCUCAGACAUCAACUGCCAGGGAAGCAUAUCUUUCCAGGCGUACUGAUUUGAUGCAGUUCAAGUUCGUUGACCCUCUCGUUAUAGACUUCCCUACUGAGGCAAAACCUCAUGAAAAUCUGCAUCUUGAACAAGACACUAUCUUAUUUUCUCAGGGCUCUUCAGUUCAUGUAUUGAACAUUAACAAUUUUCUGAAUGGAAGAGAUCCAUAUGUCACGCUGAGGGAUCACACUGCCAGAAUUACUUCUAUGAGAUUAAUUCCAUUUGAAGAGACAUGCUUGUACAGUAGCAAGAUGCAGAAAAAUGAUAAUCUUUUGGUAACCUCAAGCUUUGACCAUUCAAUUCGGCUAUGGUUGAAGGGGCGUUGUCAGCGAUGUUUCAGAGGCCAUAAUGGUGCAGUUUCCACACUUUCAGACAAAUUGCUGGGUGAUCGUCCUAACAAAAUACUUGCAAGUGGUGGUUUAGAUGGAACUGUACGAUUAUGGUCCCUUGAUUCUAGUGGAAAGGGCGGCCAACAUGCUUUAAAGGCAACACUUUACGGGCAUGAGAAACCUGUAGCGCUGAUGUCAGUUGCCGGGCACAAGACAUCUCUUCUGGUGAGCAUAUCAAGGAACUCCAAGAACUCAGGGCAGGUGAUGGUUUGGGACACUGCUACUUCAUCUGCUGUUCGUUCUUCAUGCUGUGUGGGAAAGAGCACUCUCCCUGGCGCACCUAAGGCAAUGAAGUGUCACGAAUCACUAAUCUAUGCUGCGGCUGGUUCCUCGGUCGUUGCAAUUGAUAUAAGAACGAUGCGUCAAGUCUUCAAAGUGAACCAUCAAGAAGAGCUACAUUCAUUUCAAAUGUUGCCAGAGAAAUCAUUGAUCUGCACAGGGUUAGCUCAAAGAGCCAUGCUUUGGGAUGUUAGAAGAGGCUGUGACAUACAGCAGGGAGAAGCAGUAGCUGAAUUAGAUGGACAUAUAGGCAAUGUAAAUCUCUUGCACAUGGAUCCCUACAAAAUUGUUAGUGGUGGGCAGGAGGAUUUCCAGGUACAUGUUUGGGAAACGGGGAAUGGCAGACGAGCAAGUUCUUUGAUUUUCUGUCGUCAGUGUGAUUCCCAUCGAGGUUUUGGUUGUUCUGCAAUGGCUGUCAAUGGAUGUAGAAUAGUUACAGCUUGUAAUUACGGAGACCAUAGUGCCUUGGGUUUCCAGGACUUCAACAACGCCAUGGUUCCUAUCUCUUCAAAUUCAACGGUCCUCCAAUCAAAAUUUUGGGGUCCUCAAUCACAGAGUGAUACUGAAGAAGAAUCAGAUAAUGACUCAACUGAGCUGCCCCCCUGACUCUGAAAUCUUGCAAGUUCACAAUACUCAUGCGCGCCUUUUUACUGCUAUCAUUGUUUUAGUUAUGUUGUAUAUUCCUUCUGUCUUGUGGGAUGCACUGUGUAACUUCAGUAGGAAUUGUCAAUAGUUUAAGGCAAACACGUAUGGAUUGAAGUGUCUUCUAAGUGGGAUGCACUGCUUAUACAAAAGGUGAAAUGUGGGAAGUUACAGAGAGAUUGAUAAUGGCAGAAUUUUUACUGGCAUUACACUUACAAGAUUCAUCUUUUGAAUUUACAUCGUUCUUGGCAUUACGUUCUUCUUA